GUAAGUGAAGGUAAAAAACUAACAAAAAGGUGCGAGGUAAGUGAAGGUAAAAAAAACUAACAAAAAGGUGCAAGGUAAGUGAAGGUAAAAAACAAACAAAAAGGUGCGAGGUAAGUAAAGGGAAGAAAAAGGUGCGAGGUGAGUGAAGGUAAAAACAGGUGUGAGGUAAGUGAAGGUUAAAAAAGUGUGAGGUAAGUGAAGGUAACUAAACAAACAAAACAAACAAAAAGGUGCGAGGUAAGUGAAGGUAAAAAACAAACAAAAAGGUGCGAGGUAAGUGAAGGUAAAAAAAACUAACAAAAAGGUGUGAGGUAAGUGAAGGUAAAAAAAACUAACAAAAAGGUGCGAGGUAAGUGAAGGUAAAAAACUGACAAAAAGGUGCGAGGUAAGUGAAGGUAAAAAACAAACAAAAAGGUGCGAGGUAAGUGAAGGUAAAAAACUAACAAAAAGGUGCGAGGUAAGUGAAGGUAAAAAAAACUAACAAAAAGGUGCGAGGUAAGUGAAGGUAAAAAACUAACAAAAAGGUGCGAGGUAAGUGAAGGUAAAAAAAACGAACAAAAGGUGCGAGGUAAGUAAAGGGAAGAAAAAGGUGCGAGGUGAGUGAAGGUAAAAAAAGGUGUGAGGUAAGUGAAGGUUAAAAAAGUGUGAGGUAAGUGAAGGUAAAAAUACAAACAAAAAGGUGUGAGGUAAGUGAAGGUAACUAAACAAACAAAAACAAAACAAACAAAAAGGUGUGAGGUAAGUGAAGGUAACAAAACAAACAAAAAGGUGCAAGGUAAGUGAAGGUAACUAAACAAACAAAAACAAAACAAACAAAAAGGUGCGAGGUAAGUGAAGGUAACAAAACAAACAAAAAGGUGCGAGGUACGUGAAGGUAACAAAACAAACAAAAACAAAACAAACAAAAAAGUGUGAGGUAAGUGAAGGUAACAAAACAAACAAAAACAAAACAAACAAAAAGGUGCGAGGUAAGUGAAGGUAACAAAACAAACAAAAUGGUGCGAGGUAAGUGAAGGUAACAAAACAAACAAAAACAAAACAAACAAAAAGGUGCGAGGUAAGUGAAGGUAACAAAACAAACAAAAAGGUGCGAGGUAAGUGAAGGUAACAAAACAAACAAAAACAAAACAAACAAAAAGGUGCGAGGUAAGUGAAGGUAACAAAACAAACAAAAUGGUGCGAGGUAAGUGAAGGUAACAAAACAAACAAAACAAAACAAACAAUAAGGUACGAGGUAAGUGAAGGUAACUAAACAAACAAAAACAAAACAAACAAAAAAGUGUGAGGUAAGUGAAGGUAACAAAACAAACAAAAACAAACAAAAGGUGCGAGGUAAGUGAAGGUAACAAAACAAACAAUAAGGUGCGAGGUAAGAUAAGGUAACAAAACAAACCAAAAGGUGCAAGGUAAGUGAAGGUAACAAAACAAACCAAAAGGUGCGAGGUAAGUGAAGGUAACAAAACAAACAAAAACAAAACAAACAAAAAGGUGCAAACAAACAAAAAGGUAACAAAACAAACAAAAAGGUGCGAGGUAAGUGAAGGUAACAAAACAAACAAAAAGGUGCGAGGUAAGUGAAGGUAACAAUACAAACAAAAAGGUGUGAGGUAAGUGAAGGUAAAAAAGGUGCGAGGUAAGUGAAGGUAAUAAAAAAGUGAAAAAGUGAAAAAAGGUAAGUGAAAAAAGGUAAGUGGUAAAGGGUAAGUGUAGGUAAAAAAGGUAAAAGAUAAGUUAAAAAAGUCUCUUGGUUGGCAGGCUCUUGGUUGGUAAAAAAGGUAAGUGGAAAAAGGGUAAGUAAAAAAAGGUAAGUGAAGGUAAAAAAUAAGUGAAAAAAAGGUAAGUGGAAAAAAAAUCCCUGCCAACCAACAGCCUGCUCACGUCACGUCUGCCAAUCAAAUGGAAAAAGGUAAGUGAAAAGCAGGUAAGUGGAAAAAGUGCCUGCCAACCAAGAGCCUGCUCACAUCAUGCCUGCCAACCAAGAGUCUGCUCACGUCAUGCCUGCCAACCAAGAGCCUGCUCACAUCAUGCCUGCCAACCAAGAACCUGCUCACGUCAUGCCUGCCAACCAAGAGCCUGCUCACAUCAUGCCUGCCAACCAAGAACCUUCUCACCUCAUUCCUGCAAACCAAGAGCCUGCUCACGUCAUGCCUGCCAACCUCGAGCCUGCUCACGUCAUGCAUGUCAACGACAAGCCUGCUCAUGUCAUGCCUGCCAGCCAAGAGCCUGCUCACCUUACGCCUGCCAACCAAGAGCCUGCACACGUUAUGCCUGCCGACCAAGAGCCUGCUCACCUCAUGCCUGCCAACCAAGAGCCUGCUCAAGUCAUGCCUGCCAACCAAGAGCCUGCUCACAUCAUGCCUGCCAACCAAGAGCCUGCUCAUGUCAUGCCUGUCAACCAAGAGCCUGCUCACCUCAUGCCUGUCAACCAACAGCCUGCUCACGUCAUGUCUGCCAAUCAAGUGGAAAAAGGUAAGUGAAAAGCAGGUAAGUGGAAAAAGUGCCUGCCAACCAAGAGCCUGCACACAUCAUGCCUGCCAACCAAGAGUCUGCUCACGUCAUGCCUGCCAACCAAGAGCCUGCUCACAUCAUGCCUGCCAACCAAGAACCUGCUCACGUCAUGCCUGCCAACCAAGAGCCUGCUCACAUCAUGCCUGCCAACCAAGAACCUUCUCACCUCAUUCCUGCAAACCAAGAGCCUGCUCACGUCAUGCCUGCCAACCUCGAGCCUGCUCACGUCAUGCAUGUCAACGACAAGCCUGCUCAAGUCAUGCAUGCCAACCAAGAGCCUGCUCAUGUCAUGCCUGCCAGCCAAGAGUCUGCUCACCUUACGCCUGCCAACCAAGAGCCUGCACACGUUAUGCCUGCCGACCAAGAGCCUGCUCACGUCAUGUGUGCCAAUCAAGUGGAAAAAGGUAAGUGAAAAGCAGGUAAGUGGAAAAAGUGCCUGCCAACCAAGAGCCUGCUCACAUCAUGCCUGCCAACCAAGAGUCUGCUCACGUCAUGCCUGCCAACCAAGAGCCUGCUCACAUCAUGCCUGCCAACCAAGAACCUGCUCACGUCAUGCCUGCCAACCAAGAGCCUGCUCACAUCAUGCCUGCCAACCAAGAACCUUCUCACCUCAUUCCUGCAAACCAAGAGCCUGCUCACGUCAUGCCUGCCAACCUCGAGCCUGCUCACGUCAUGCAUGUCAACGACAAGCCUGCUCACGUCAUGCAUGCCAACCAAGAGCCUGCUCAUGUCAUGCCUGCCAGCCAAGAGCCUGCUCACCUUACGCCUGCCAACCAAGAGCCUGCACACGUUAUGCCUGCCGACCAAGAGCCUGCUCACGUCAUGUCUGCCAAUCAAGUGGAAAAAGGUAAGUGAAAAGCAGGUAAGUGGAAAAAGUGCCUGCCAACCAAGAGCCUGCUCACAUCAUGCCUGCCAACCAAGAGUCUGCUCACGUCAUGCCUGCCAACCAAGAGCCUGCUCACAUCAUGCCUGUCAACCAAGAACCUGCUCACGUCAUGCCUGCCAACCAAGAGCCUGCUCACAUCAUGCCUGCCAACCAAGAACCUUCUCACCUCAUUCCUGCAAACCAAGAGCCUGCUCACGUCAUGCCUGCCAACCUCGAGCCUGCUCACGUCAUGCAUGUCAACGACAAGCCUGCUCACGUCAUGCAUGCCAACCAAGAGCCUGCUCAUGUCAUGCCUGCCAGCCAAGAGCCUGCUCACCUUACGCCUGCCAACCAAGAGCCUGCACACGUUAUGCCUGCCGACCAAGAGCCUGCUCACCUCAUGCCUGCCAACCAAGAGCCUGCUCAAGUCAUGCCUGCCAACCAAGAGCCUGCUCACAUCAUGCCUGCCAACCAAGAGCCUGCUCAUGUCAUGCCUGUCAACCAAGAGCCUGCUCACCUCAUGCCUGCCAACCAACAGCCUGCUCACCUCAUGUCUGCCAACCAAGUGGAAAAAGGUAAGUGAAAAGCAGGUAAGUGGAAAAAGUGCCUGCCAACCAAGAGCCUGCUCACAUCAUGCCUGCCAACCAAGAGCCUGCUCACAUCAUGCCUGCCAACCAAGAGCCUGCUCACAUCAUGCCUGCCAACCAAGAGCCUGCUCACAUCAUGCCUGCCAACCAAGAACCUGCUCACCUCAUUCCUGCAAACCAAGAGCUUACUCACGUCAUGCCUGCCAACCUCGAGCCUGCUCACGUCAUGCAUGUCAACGACAAGCCUGCUCACGUCAUGCGUGCCAACCAAGAGCCUGCUCAUGUCAUGCCUGCCAGCCAAGAGCCUGCACACGUUAUGCCUGCCGACCAGGAGCCUGCUUACGUCAUGCCUGCCAACCAAGAGCCUGCUCACAUCAUGCCUGCCAACCAAGAGCCUGCUCAUGUCAUGCCUGUCAACCACAAGCCUGCUCAUGUCAUGCCUGUCAACCAAGAGCCUGCUCACCUCAUGCCUGCCAACCAACAGCCUGCUCACCUCAUGUCUGCCAACCAAGUGGAAAAAGGUAAGUGAAAAGGAGGUAAGUGGAAAAAGUGCCUGCCAACCAAGAGCCUGUUCACAUCAUGCCUGCCAACCAAGAGCCUGCUCAUCUCAUGCCUGUCAACCAAGAGCCUGCUCACAUCAUGCCUGCAAACCAAGAACCUGCUCAUCUCAUUCCUGCAAACCAAGAGCCUGCUCACGUCAUGCAUGUCAACCACAAGCCUGCUCACGUCAUGCCUGUCAACCAAGACCCUGCCCACGUCAUGUCUGCCAACCAAGAGCCAGCUCACAUCAUGCCUGCCAACCAAGAGCCUGCCCACGUCAUGCUUGCCAACCACGAGUCUUGCUCAAGUCAUGCCUGCUAACCAAGAGCCUGCUCACCUCAUGCCUGCCAACCAAGAGCCUGCUCAUGUCAUGCCUGUCAACCACAAGCCUGCUCACGUCAUGCCUGCCAACCAAGAGCCUGCCCACGUCAUGCUUGCCAACCAAGAGUCUGCUCAAGUCAUGCCUGUCAACCAAAAGCCUGCUCACGUCAUGCCUGCUAACCAAGAGCCUGCUCACCUCAUGCCUGCCAACCAAGAGCCUGCUCAUGUCAUGCCUGUCAACCAAGAGCCUGCUCCCGUCAUGCCUGCCAACCAAGACCAAGAGCGUGCUCACGUCAUGCCUGCAAACCAAGAGCCUGCUCACGUCAUGCCUGCCAAGCCAGAGCAUUUUUUACUCACGACAAAAGGUAAGUAGUAAAAGAUAAGUGAAGGCAAAAAAGGUGCGAGGAAAGUGAAGGUAAAAAAAGGUGCGAGGUAAGUGAAGGUAAAUGUUAUGACGUCGGUUUGAUCGGCUGCUCUGUUUCUGUGUUUUCAUUGUGUUUAUGUUUUACAGCUAUGCUCAUGCGCGUCUGUCACCCGGGUGCUUCAUCUUCGUGAUUUCCUACACCUGCGUCCCGCACCUGUCUUACGAACGGAGGUCUUACAAGUUUGGAACAACAUGAGGGGCCAUCCCUUCAUGGAGUCUCUCCGAGAGAAUCAGCCCCUGCUAAGGUGCAUCUGUUUAUCAGGGCUUGCCGUAGUUGGGCUGUUGUCGAGGUCAUCACCUGAAUUCAAUGAGCAAUUUGCCUUAGUGGACAUUCCAACUGAGUUUAAGUUAAUAAUAGCCAAGGUCUUGGUUUUGGAUUUUGUCGCCGCCCUGCUGGUGGACAGAGUUCUGCAGUUCCUGCUAGGUAAAGGAACCCUGAGGUUGCCUAAUAAGUGAACUUUUAUGGCUGACAGUCACCGAAGCAGCUUCUGCCCCUAGUGACCAGACUGUGAACAGGAUUUACAGAACUACAGUACUUGAACGGUGGCAUUUCUGCGAGAUCCAAAAGGAGGAGCAUGAAACUCAUUACUAAAACACACCUCAGUGUUUCCAUUUCUCCCUGGUCUCUGUCUUUGCUCUGACUUUAAUCUUUUAUCUACAUUUUUUUUCUUCUGACAUCUUACUACUCACAUCCCCUCCGAUCUAAAGGCCAAGAAAACUACAGUAUUGUGUUGAAAGGGGAACAUAAUCUCUUCAAGUAUUCUAAACUGAUCCAUGUUCCCGAUAGGCCCAACAUGUAGUAUGUAAAACAUCCCCAUACCAUGAUUUUUGCCCAUUCAUGCUUAACUUUUUACAGUGUACUACGUAAUAACGUCGAAUGGUUACACAUCACAAAUGUGAAACGCACAUUUGUGGACCAUUUUAAACAGACCCAAAGACAUUAAUUAGUAUCAUUCCACAUACAACAACAUCUGAACGCUCCUCUUUCUCCUCGCUUGUAAACACUGGAGCGGUAGUUUCAAUUAUGUCAUGCUAGCGUGUCACACAGCUAGUGCAAAACUUUAUGAUUUAAAAGUCCUCUUUUCUUUUUCUUUUUGAAAAAGGCAAUCUUUUAGCUAGAUAAGACCCUUAUGCCUUAUUUGGGAUCAUUUAGAGCCCUUUUAAAUCUGCAUUGAAACUGUAAACUUGAGGUCGAAUAAAGUCUUAAAUUGAGAAAAAUCCUGGAAUGUUUAACUCAAACUUUAUUUCUUCUUGACUGAACAAAGUAAAACAUUAACAUAUGGGGUGAGAAAAUUAUCAGGAUUUUUGUUUUAUUAAAUUGGAAUACUCCUUUAACAAUUUUAAAAGUUGAAAAGUUUUUGGAUAAUGUAAUUGAUGUAUAUCUAACAUGUAAUUUAAAGAUGCAUGAAAAUUGUUAAUGGCACACAGCCACUCAAAACACUAAGCCAUGUACCAUUUUUUUUCUCACCACCCAAUCAUUCUAAAUUAUUAUUAAGAUUUCUGAAAAUGUUAAAGUAAUGUUGUUGUCCCUGAUUUAUGUCUACCUCAAGUUUUACAGGGUUUUUUGUAUUUCUGCAGCCUGUUAAAAUGUUUGCUCUUUUUGUGGAAUGAGGUUGAUUGUGGCUGAAAUGUCUGAAACACACUUAUUUAUUUAUUUUUGCACACAAUAUGAGGUGUAUAAGCCAUGGCUGUCAUGCUAGUUGUUAGCUGCUCUUUUUUGCUGCCUUAUGAGUAAUGCCUUGAAGUAUUAAAUAAA